CCAUCUCCACCAUGCAGUCCCGGGAAGACGCCCCGCGCUCUCGCCGCCUCGCCAGUCCCCGUGGUGGGAGGCGGCCCAAGAGGAUUUCCAAGCCCUCGGUUUCGGCCUUUUUCACGGGUCCAGAGGAGUUAAAGGACACGGCCCAUUCUGCAGCCCUGCUGGCACAGCUCAAGUCCUUCUACGACGCGCGGCUGCUGUGUGAUGUGACCAUCGAAGUGGUGACGCCUGGCAGCGGGCCUGGCACGGGUCGCCUCUUUUCCUGCAAUCGCAACGUGCUAGCAGCUGCGUGUCCCUACUUCAAGAGCAUGUUCACAGGUGGCAUGUACGAGAGCCAGCAGGCCAGCGUGACCAUGCACGAUGUGGACGCCGAGUCCUUCGAGGUGUUGGUCGACUACUGCUACACGGGUCGUGUGUCUCUCAGUGAGGCCAAUGUGCAGCGCCUAUACGCGGCCUCCGACAUGCUCCAGCUGGAAUAUGUGCGGGAAGCCUGUGCCUCCUUCUUAGCCCGACGUCUUGACCUGACCAACUGCACUGCCAUCCUCAAGUUUGCAGACGCCUUCGACCAUCACAAGCUUCGAUCUCAGGCCCAGUCCUAUAUAGCUCACAACUUCAAGCAGCUCAGCCGAAUGGGUUCAAUUCGGGAGGAGACUCUAGCAGAUCUAACCCUGGCCCAGCUGCUGGCUGUCCUACGCCUGGAUAGUCUGGACAUAGAGAGUGAGCGGACUGUAUGCCAUGUAGCUGUGCAGUGGCUGGAGGCCGCUCCCAAAGAGCGGGGUCCCAGUGCUGCAGAAGUCUUCAAGUGCGUGCGCUGGAUGCACUUCACUGAAGAAGAUCAGGACUACUUAGAAGGGCUGCUGACCAAGCCCAUCGUGAAGAAGUACUGCCUGGACGUUAUUGAAGGGGCCCUGCAGAUGCGCUAUGGUGACCUGUUGUACAAGUCUCUGGUGCCAGUGCCAAACAGCAGCAGCAGCAGUAGCAGCAGCAACUCUCUUGUAUCUGCAGCAGAAAAUCCACCCCAGAGACUGGGUAUGUGUGCCAAGGAGAUGGUGAUCUUCUUUGGACACCCUAGAGAUCCCUUUCUCUGCUAUGACCCUUACUCAGGGGACAUUUACACAAUGCCAUCACCUUUGACCAGCUUUGCUCACACUAAGACUGUCACCUCCUCAGCUGUCUGUGUCUCCCCAGACCAUGACAUCUAUCUAGCUGCUCAGCCCAGGAAAGACCUCUGGGUGUAUAAACCAGCUCAGAAUAGUUGGCAGCAACUUGCAGAUCGCUUGCUGUGUCGUGAGGGCAUGGAUGUGGCAUAUCUCAAUGGCUACAUCUACAUUUUGGGAGGGCGAGACCCUAUUACUGGAGUUAAGUUGAAGGAAGUGGAAUGCUAUAGUGUUCAGAGAAACCAGUGGGCAUUGGUGGCUCCUGUCCCUCAUUCCUUCUAUUCCUUUGAACUCAUAGUGGUUCAGAACUAUCUUUAUGCUGUUAACAGUAAGCGCAUGCUUUGCUAUGAUCCUAGCCACAAUAUGUGGCUGAACUGUGCUUCUCUUAAACGUAGUGACUUUCAGGAAGCAUGUGUCUUCAAUGAUGAAAUCUAUUGUAUCUGUGACAUCCCAGUCAUGAAGGUCUACAACCCAGCUAGGGGAGAAUGGAGGCGGAUUAGUAAUAUUCCUUUGGAUUCAGAGACCCACAACUACCAGAUUGUCAAUCAUGACCAAAAGUUGCUUCUCAUCACUUCUACAACCCCACAAUGGAAAAAGAACCGAGUGACAGUGUAUGAGUAUGAUACUAGGGAAGAUCAGUGGAUUAAUAUAGGUACCAUGUUAGGCCUUUUGCAGUUUGACUCUGGCUUUAUCUGCCUUUGUGCUCGUGUUUAUCCUUCCUGCCUUGAACCUGGUCAGAGUUUUAUUACUGAGGAAGAUGAUGCACGGAGUGAGUCUAGUACUGAAUGGGACUUAGAUGGAUUCAGUGAGCUGGACUCUGAGUCAGGAAGUUCAAGUUCUUUUUCAGAUGAUGAAGUCUGGGUGCAGGUAGCACCUCAGCGAAAUGCACAGGAUCAGCAGGGUUCUUUGUAAAUAGUAUUUUGAGAUACUAAGAUGUUUCUACUGCUACGGAAUGUAUUUUAAACACAUAUCCUUUCUCUUUCUUGGAAAAAAAAAAAGUUGAUUAGGACCACAGAUUUGGUUUAGAAAGGGUAAUAUUUUGAAAUACUACAAGGUUUAAACAGUCCAUGAAAUCGACCUGUGUAAUAAUUUAACAUGCUGAAAGUCCAGAAUUAAAAUAUGGAAGCAAGAACUAUAUAAUUGAUUGGGAUGCUUGGUAGGUUUUUUUCAUUGUUCAAAUAUUCAUUGCACAGUGGAUUGUUUUGAUUAGUUAGUAUGCUUUUUUUUUUAUUAUUAAUUCAGUCUUCUGUUAAAUUUUAAGUUUUGGUUAGUGCCACAAGGAAUUUAACUUUUUAAUUUGUAUAAUAGAAAACUGAACUAGGAAUUGUUGGCGGGGUUUUGAAGGAUGUGUACUUUCCUUCAAAAUAAAGUGGUAGAUUUUCAAAAUUUUACUAGAAUAUAAAGAACUAGUCAGUUCUUUAUAUUCUAAGUUAAAUGUAGUUUGUAAAAUUAUUUUGGUUUUCUUCUACAAAGGAAAAAAUUGGAUUUAUAUAUAUAAUGAUUUGAAUAAUGAUUUCAUUUUGAUAAUGUGCAGAAUGGCCUCACAAGCUCACAGAAAGUAAAAAAAAAAAAAAAAAAAAAUCAGGAUUCCACUGUUUUAAAAGAAAUCUCAGUUUUUAUUUUGGAAUAUAAAAUGUGUAUUUGGUGUAUGUGACCAAUUUUCUAUCCCAAAAAACACCCAUUCUUAGUAAUGUCAUGAAGUAAACACCCUUCUAAACCAAAAAAAAAAAAAAAAGGUAACUUGCUUUUUACGUUUGUGUUUUUAAUUUAUGCCCAAUACAUGCUUUAUUGACUCAGAGGAACAAUUCCUGGACAUAUAAUUGGGUAAUGAAAAUUUUUAUCCACUGGUCAUGACUUGUCUUAAAAUGUUUACUUGCCUCCCUAAAAUAUUUUGGCUGUAUAGGUUUGGUGUUUGUCCUAGAGGAUUCUUCAACAGAAAGUGAUUUAUUCUUUACUGUUCUGUGAGGUAAUAUGGUUUAGAACAUAUGUAUAAGCUAAAAACAGUAUUUUACUCAGAUCAGUAGUUAUCGUGUCUAUCAGCUAUAAAAAAAAUCAAGUGCCAGCCAAGAACUUUAAAACUUUAAGCUGUGUAUUAUAGAACCGUUUUGUGUAGCAUUGGAAUAUUGUCCAUUUUGUUAGUCACUGUGAAUGUUCUUAAUUAUCAGCUUGAAGGUAUUUUUGUAUUAAAAGUUGACAUUGAAGAACCUAAGUGGAUGAUGGGAUUUGGGGCCAGUAGUGAAAGUAUGUUUCCUCUAAGAUAUUUCCCUAAACAGUGGUAUACAUGGUUAUUUUAUUACGAGAUUUGUAUAUGUUCUGUUUCUCUGUGAACCAUGUUUCAGUCUCUCUGUCACCAUAUGUAAGGGAAAGUCCAUAAAUAUAGACUAAAUUGCACAAAACUAAAAUUGUUAAUUACAAGAAAAUAUAGGUGCUUACCUUUUGAAGGUUUAUUAAUACAUAUGGUUGUCACAAUACGUAUAUAUGAUAAAUGGUGUACAUAUACAGAUGUUUAUGGUGUAUAAAUUUUUCUAUACCCAAUUAGAAUUAUCUUCCUGAUUCUUUAUUCAAUAACAUGCUAAUUCCUCUUCUAUGUUUUGUAGUGACAGAAUGCUAGCUUUUCUUAUACCCUGGCAGAGGACAGAGGAGUUGGUCUAGGAUGGGGAACUGAAUUUUUGAACGAAAAGGAAAGAGAAAGGAUAAAGAAACAAACAAACAAAAAAACGCACGAUAAUGUUUCUUAGUCAUUUUGAUUGGCCAUUUGAACAGUCUACAAGUUUAACCUUAUUUCUAGUGAAGUAAGAUGCCUGCCCUAGCAAUACAUGUUUCUUCAAAAGGGUAAACAUGCUUUAGUGACCUAAAGCUAAAUUUUGUUCAUUUGACAUCAGGGAUGUUAUAAGUACUGCACUUAAUACAAAGCUAUUUCUCAAUUGUGUUAUUUUUGAGCCAAAUUUUUCUUCACCAUUAACUUCUUGUUGGUAGCUUUUUGUUUUGUAAAAAUUGAGAGAUGGCAAUGCUUAUCUCAACCAGAUUAUCCAUCUGCAGAAUUAAGGUAUGCAACUGGUAAAUAAAAGACAAAUGUUCCAGUUUGUCUUUCUCAACCUUUGAGUUCUUAACCUUUGAGUUAAAACCUAGUCUAAAUAGUGGGAAUGUCUUGGUUUACAGUAAGGUUUUCUUGGGAAGGAUCUUGGUUUUGUGAUCUAUUUGUGAAUUAAGGAGUAGAUGUUAACCAUUAUUUUAUAGAUAAGUGAUUUGUACAUGGUUAGUUAUAAAUAAAACUGGUACUAGAACCCA